AUGCAGAAGGGUAUAUUAGUUCCAAGUGGGAGCGAGCGCGGUCCUACGGAGAUCCAGUUUGAUAGUGAGAUUGGAAGAGGGCGUAGUCGUGACAAGCGCACUGGUGGGAAUGGAGCUGGGAGGUUGAGUCUGUCGCGGUCGCGGAGCCGGGCGUCUAGUCGUGUACGUGAGGAGGAGUUUCUGAAGUGGACUGUACUGCGGAGGGAUCCCAGCAUGCGGUUGACGACGUUGAAAAAGAACAAGAAGAGUGGUUCUGGUACCGGAGGUGAUGAUGAUGAUGAUGAUGACGAGGAUGACGAUGACGAGGAUGAUGACGAUGAGGAAGAGUCUGAUGAAGAGCGGGUGAGUGAUAUUGAGAACGAUGCUGAGAUCGAUGAGGAGUUCCACUUCGAUCUGGGGACGAAAGUGCUGCCAAACUUUAGCACCAGCAUUAACGAUGUUCUUGAGAAUAGCAAACCAUGGAUACAGAAGUAUUUAUCUACGUUGGAUAUGGAGAAGGAGAGAGCGGGCGUGAACUUUGAGACCUUGGAGGGCGGAUACUCGCGUGCUCUCGAGCUCGUGCGUAAGGGUAAAGGUGCGGAGGCUCACCCUGAGACAAGCAAAAACUAUAUUCUGUGCACUGACUUGAGCAGUGAGUCUACCUAUGCACUCACAUAUGUGAUGGGGUCUUUAGUGUCUAACGGUGACACCUUGUAUAUAGUACACUGGGAUGGUGACAGCACGACCUCGACCAAAGACAGUUUCAUCGACAAUGCGCUAAGAGUGAAGAAACAUGUAAGGCAUCUGAUGGACUGCGUAAGCGUUAUUGUGGACGACCUAGACGUGGUGAUCAUCUCGCUGACGCAUCCAUACCCUAAACACUUGCUGAAUGAGAUGAUACACGGUCUUAAACCCGUUACGCUGGCGUGCUCGUUGUCUCUAAUACUAUCAAGUCUACAGAAUUUCGUGUGCUCAGUACCAACACUAGUUAUCCGUAAGAAACUGAAGAGAUCAAGAAAGAAAGGAAUAUCUGAGUAG